AUGGACGAGGUGAUCACGGCCGCUGAUGCCUCAUCGAAUGGAUCUACAUCAUCACAGACCUCCAUCAUUCCCUCUAAUCUUCCUCUCCUCUCUGCCUUCCUCUCCUUCGCUCUCGCUCAGUUUCUCAAGCUCUUCACCACCUGGUACAAAGAGAAAAGAUGGGACUCUAGAAGGAUGCUUGGGUCAGGAGGAAUGCCCUCGUCGCAUUCAGCUACUGUGACAGCUCUGGCAGUUGCUAUUGGUUUCCAGGAAGGAACUGGAGGAUCGGCGUUUGCCAUUGCAGUGGUCUUGGCAUGUGUUGUCAUGUAUGAUGCUACUGGUGUAAGACUCCAUGCUGGUCGUCAAGCUGAAUUAUUAAAUCAAAUAGUAUGUGAGCUACCUCCAGAACACCCAGUUUCUAGUGUUAGACCUCUACGUGAUUCACUUGGUUCUUGCAGGUGCAAUGUUGGGAUGUAUAGUAGCUUCCCUCAUGAGAAGUUCCAGUUAGUUAGCAGAUGGUUAAUUAGAUUAUUCUCUGACUUAGAGAGUGAAUCACGGGCUCUAAAGGUCAUUGCAAGCAUUUCCACAGAAGAUUUCUCAACAAUUUCCCCCCCGUCAACAGCCAAAGCCAAGGAAGAGAAAAGAUUAACCAGGCACAGCCCUACCAUGGGCCCUGCCCAACUCAUCAUCCAACAAAAUGCUAGCACGAUAGUCAGGAACAAACUCAUAGUGAUGAAGUCCCCAAGGAAGACCAUGCCCCACAUUGGCAUUACGGAUAUGGACAAUUUGCUUCCGACGGAAACAUUGAACAUCAAAUGGAAAAGAGCAUACACAGCACAACAUCGAUUGCUGCUUUUGUCAAGAAAGCAAAAGCCAGUACUCACAUGA